CCCUGGCCUGGUAACACAGUGCCUGGCCAGCCCAGGGGCCUGGCAACCCAGCCUGUCCUCAGAUCUGAGACGGAACCCAGCUUCCAAUGCUUCCUGAUUGUUCAUUUCCAAAAGCCGCUAAGCACAAGAGGCAUCUUGAGCGCCUCUUCUACCACUUCCAACAGGUCAAGGAAUAGGACUCGCUAUCGGACCAAAGCCAUGAGCUCUGAGGUGGAUGAGAGCCUCUUUGGAGCUAUCAAGCCCCUGACCCAGGGCCAGAGCAACAGCCCCAUCGUGCUGCUCCGAGAUAAGCAUACCAUUGGGAAGACUCUCAGUGCCCUGGGCUUGGACCACAAGCCAGAGACCAUCCAGCUCAUCGCUCGCGGCAUGAUCCGAGAGCUCAUUGUUCCCAAGGAGGAUCCCUCUGGGGAGUCCCUAAUCAUCAGCCCUGAGGAGUUUGAGCGGAUCAAAUGGGCAUCCCACGUCCUGACCAGAGAAGAGCUCGAGGCCAGGGAGCAGGCCUUCAAGAAGGAGAAGGAAGCCAUCGUGGAUGCAGUGACGACACGCAAGCAGAUCAUAAAACAGAAGGAAAUGGUGUGGAGGAACAAUAAGAAGCUCAGCGACCUGGAGGAGAUGGCCAAGGAGCGGGCCCAGAACCUCCUGCAGAGAGCCAGCAAGCUUCGAAUGGAGCAGGAGGAGGAGCUCAAGCACAUGAACAAGGUCAUCCUCAAUGCCAAAUGCCAUGCCAUCCGGGAUGCCCAAAUCCUGGAGAAGCAGCAGAUCCAAAAAGAAUUGGAUGCCGAGGAGAAGCGAUUGGAUCAGAUGAUGGAAGUGGAAAGGCAGAAAUCCAUUCAAAGGCAGGAGGAACGGGACAGGAAGAGGAGGGAGGAAAGAGUACGAGGAAGACGGCACAUUGUGGAGCAGAUGGAAAAGAACCAGGAGGAGAGAUCGCUGCUUGCUGAGCAGAGGGAGCAGGAGAAGGAGCAGAUGCUGGAGUACAUGGAACAGCUCCAAGAGGAGGAUCUAAGGGAUUUGGAACAAAGGCACCAGCAAAAACUGAAGAUGCAAGCUGAGAUUAAGCGCAUCAAUGAUGAAAACCAGAAACAGAAAGCAGAGCUGCUGGCUCAGGAGAAGCUGGCAGACCAGAUGGUGAUGGAGUUCACCAAGAAGAAGAUGGCUCGAGAAGCAGAGUUUGAGGCUGAGCAGGAGAGAAUCCGGAGGGAGAAACAGAAGGAGAUCGCCCGCCUGAGGGCCAUGCAGGAGAAAGCCCAGGACUACCAGGCAGAACAGGAUGCCUUGCGGGCCAAGCGCAAUCAGGAGGUUGCAGACAGAGAGUGGCGGAGAAAAGAAAAGGAAAAUGCGCAGAGGAAGAUGGAAACAGAGGCCAAACUGCGGAAAAGUCGGCUGGAACAGGUGGCUUUCAAGAAGCACACUCUGGCUGUUCAGGUGCAACGGGACCGGGAUGAGUUCGAGAGGAUUCUUCGGGCUCAGAGAGAGCAGAUUGAGAAGGAGCGGCUGGAGGAGGAGAAAAAGGCCACAGGGCGCUUACAGCAUGCCAACGAGCUCCGGCGCCAGGUGCGAGAGAACCAGCAGAAGCAGGUGCAGAACCGGAUCACCACCUUUGAGGAGGGCCAGCGCCUCAAAGAGGAGGCCCAGAAGCGGCGUGAGCGCAUUGAUGACAUCAAGAGGAAAAAGCUUGAAGAGCUGAGAGCCACUGGCCUUCCUGAGAAGUACUGCAUUGAAGCUGAGCGCAAAGCUAACCUCCUGCCGGCGACCUCUGUGAAGUGAGGGGGGCCUCCGUGACCCUUGGCAUGCCUUCGGGGGACAAAUUCUGCCCAGUCUCUGGGGCCCAUAGUUGCUGCUAACCUAGACAUUUCACAGUUACAGAUUAAAUCUAUUCUACUUCUCUAA